GGGCCGAGCUCGCUUCAGUGCUCAUUGCUAUUCUGCCGUUCCUCACCGAGCAGACCGGAGCCGAAAUAGACCUAGCGUUCAAAAGUGUACUCUUACUAUCGCAAGUACACAGGAGCUGAAUCAAAGCACAGUUCACGAUUUCCACUUUCUCCUUCCACGACCUCCACAACUAGUCAAUCAGACCACGGGCUACUUGUCAAGAUGUCACAAACAAAUGGAUUGACCAAACUUGCCUACUCAAGAACAUGGCAUCACAUCUCAGCCACAACACCUCACCAUGCCCUCUCUACGAUUCGACCUCUUCCCUCCGCACAAUCAAAUGAACUACAACCCCCCUCCCUAGGUCGUCUCGCCUCCCGGAUCGCCAUCCUGCUCAUGGGCAAGCACAAACCAAUCUGGGACCCAUCAACAGACUGCGGCGAUUACGUUGUAGUAACGAACUGCUCAGAGCUACACACGACAGGCAAGAAGCGGUGGCAGAAACUUUACUACAGACAUAACACGCGGCCUGGUAGUCUGAAGAGCGUGUCGAUGGAUGAGCUGAUGGCAAAACUGGGUGGUGCCGAGGUGCUGAGGAAGGCCGUCAGCGGAAUGCUGCCGAAGAAUCGGUUGAGGGAUGAUCGGUUGGCGAGACUAAAGGCUUUUGAGGGGGAGGCGCAUCCGUACAAGGAGAAUAUUGUCAAAUUCAAAGGGAAAAGCAUGAUUGCGGAAUGGCCUAGCGGGGCGGAGGAGAAGAGUACAGAGGUCAGGUUAUAAGGAGCAGAUGAAAUGGAAAUGUAUAUUAUACGGGAAAGUGCAUUGCUCGGUGUACAUCAUGAUGGAGACUUGAGAAGAUACUUGGGAAGCAUGGGAAACAAUGGGACUUGUACGAUUCAGUUGGUUUCCGAACCACAUUGGCAAAGACCGGAAUUGUGAGAGAAGGCCGGAAGGCUGGAAAUGCCAUAUUCCAAUAUGGCGUCUUCCGGUCAUUUAUUCUCAUCAGUCUGAUUUGCAUAUCGAUCCCCACCCUGGUAGCCCGAUAAGUGUCCACCUGCCGAGUAAGAGUAGUCGAUCAUUG